AUGACGGGCAGGGAGCUGCACGUGCUGAGUGCCCACGAGAGAGGAGGCGGCCCCAGGCACGUGGGUACAGAGGUGCCUGUGGCCAGCCCUCAGCUGUCCGAGCUGGUGGGGGAGGGGGCGAGGGCCCGGGGCCCCCAGAGCCUCCGCGUGGGUCUGUCCUCCGUGCUCUCGAUGCUCACGUUGCCCGAGCACCCGCCUGGCUUCCUGUCCCUGCUGCCCCACCUGCUGUCCCCGGCGGUGUGGGGUUUGCCCUUCCUCCAGCCUUCCUGGGGCCGAGGGGGCGGGCGUUCCAUGUCCAUCCGCUGGCCGGGCUGCUCCGCAGGAAGCCAUGCUUGGAUACUUAUAGCCAUGUUUCAGCUCGCCAUGGAUUUGCCCUCGUGCGAGUCCCUGGGCCCGGGCCCCGACUUCCGGCUGCUGCCCCGGCCAUCGCAGCGGCCGCCCCGGCUGUGGAGUUUGAAGAGCGGACAGGCGGCGCGCGUCCCCGUGCCCGUGUGGAGCCCGCGCCCGGCCCGCGUGGAGCGCAGCCACGGGCAGAUGCCCAGCCCGCGCGCCAAACGGGCGCACAGACCCAGGGACCAGGUGGCCGCCCUGGUGCCCAGAGGGGGGCUCGCCAAGCCCCCAGCCGCGGCCAGACCCAGCCCUUCCCUCGGCUCUUCCUCGUCCCCGUCGCCCACGGCGGGCAGCGCGGCCGGCUCGGAGCAGCAGGCCCUCCUGCGGAGGGGGAAACGGCACGUGCAGGGGGCCGGCUUCAACAGCUUUGACUUCCGGGGCGGCAGGCCCACCACGGAGACGGAGUUCAUCGCCUGGGGGCCCACGGGGGAGGAGGAGGCCCCGGAGUCCAACACGUUUCCAGGCCUUUACGGCCCCACCACGGCCUCCAUCUCACAAACACGGAAGACGACCAUGGCCAUCGCCACCACCGCCACCCCGGGCCCCACGGCCACCUCUGUGACGCUGCAGACUAAGGGGGCCGCCGAGCCCCCGGGCCCCAGGGAUAGGAUCCCGGUUGGGGUUAGCACAACGGACCCUCCCACCAGUCCCAGCAGAGACAAUGGCGAAGACGUCAAGCCCCCACGAAUUCUGGGGGAGACCUCAGGUCUGGCUGUCCAUCAGAUCAUCACCAUCACCGUCUCCCUCAUCAUGGUCAUAGCUGCUCUGAUUACAACUCUUGUCUUAAAAAACUGCUGUGCCCAAAGCGGGAACACGCGCAGGACCAGCCACCAGCGGAAGAUCAACCAGCAGGAGGAGAGCUGCCAGAACCUGACGGACUUCACCCCUGCCCGCGUGCCCAGCAGCCUGGACGUCUUCACGGCCUACAACGAGACGCUGCAGUGCUCCCACGAGUGCGUGCGGACAGCCGUGCCCAUGUACGCCGACGAGGCGCUGCAUCCGACGGGGGAGUUCAAGUCCACGUUUAACGGGAACCGACCCUCUUCUUCUGAUCGGCAUCUCAUUCCUGUGGCCUUUGUGUCUGAGAAAUGGUUUGAAAUCUCCUGCUGACUGGCCGAAGUCUUGUUUACCUCCUGGGGGCAGGGCAGACGCCAUGUGUCUAUUUUAUGGAUUCCGUUGGUGAACCUGUAAAAAAA